AUGGUGGAGGUGAAAACGGGCAUCUGCGGCCUGGACCCCACGACGGGGCGGGGCAAGCAGAUCCACCUGGCGCAGAUGCUGCUCCUGCCCUUCGUGCCCAUCAUGGCCCUCAUCAUACAGAACUCCAUCAACAUGGUCAGCAUCCUCGAGUACCAGAACGACAUGCAGGAGACCAUCGACCAGGUCCAGAUCAGCACGGGCCUGGGCAACGUGACGGAGGCGCUGCAGUCGGAGCGCGCCGAGAUCGCCUUCUACCUGUUCACCAACGGCUCCAUCAUCCGGAGGAACCUGUCGGAGCACUUCGCCUACACCAACUCCCUCAUCGAGAACCUCAUCUGGCCCUCGUUCAGGAUCGACGACCAGCUGUUCCAGAACAAGAUCCUGUUCCGCAUCCGCCUCGACGACUUCCGGGACAAGAUCACCAAGUUCGACACGCCCAACAUCGAGGCCGGCAUCGCCUUCUACAACAGGGCCAACUACAUCUUCCUGGACCAGCUGACGCGCGAGAUCAAGGAGAAGGACGCGUCGGGCGUGUGGCGGCCGCUGCUCGCCUACAAGAACAUGAUCCGCGCCAUCGAGCACCUGGGCAUCUCCAUGGUGUUCGGCGAGCAGUACUUCGGCAGAGGAGACCUGGACCAGAGCUCUUACAUCGCCUUCGUCACCAACGACGCCCUGGGCCAGGACUUCCUGAACGCGUCCCAGAACUUCGCCUUCUGGAUCGGGACGCGGUACCAGGCGCUGCAGAAGGACUACCCUUGGUACUCGAACAUCACGCGCCGUCGCCUGGAGAUCCUGGGCCGCGAGAAGAUCCAGCCUGACUUCGAAAAGGCCACCGAGUACUUCUACGCCAUGCUGGGCUACCUGGACGCCCUGCAGAAGGUGCAGUACGAGAUCAGGAAGACCAUCGAGCAGACCAUCGUGCGGGAGGUGCAGGCCUCCAACAGCCACGUGGUGAUCGGCAUCGCGCUCCUGGCCGUCGUCCUCAUCAUCUCGCCCGUCAUCAUCAUUCUUGUGCGGAUGAUCACCAGGACCCUCCAGGCCUUCUCCGAGACGCUGCUGCACAAGACGCACGAGCUGAGGUUCGAGAAGAAGCGCUCGGACAAGCUGCUGUACCAGAUGCUGCCGUCCAGCGUCGCGCAGCAGCUCCGCAUCCACAAGACGGUGGCGGCGGAGACCUACUCGGCCAUCACCAUCUACUUCAGCGACAUCGUCGGCUUCUCCGAGAUGGCCAACCAGAGCACGCCCAUGCAGGUCAUCUCCCUCAUGAACGUGCUGUACAAGAUGUUUGACUCCCGCAUCGACUGCUACGACGUCUACAAGAUCGAGACGAUCGGCGACGCGUACAUGGUGGCCUCGGGGCUGCACAUGCGGGAGGAAGGCAAGGACCACGCGGCCGAGGUGGCAGCGAUGGCCAUCGACCUGCUGCACGGCACCGAGAACUUCGUGAUCCCGCACAUGCCCGGCGAGCGCCUGCAGAUCCGCAUCGGCAUCCACACGGGCCCCGCCGUCGCGGGCGUGAUCGGGACCAAGAUGCCGCGCUACUGCCUCUUCGGCGACUCCGUCAACCUCGCCGCCAAGAUCGAGGCCACGGGACUACCUUUCAAGAUCCACAUUUCACAAGAUACCAAAGACUGUCUCGAUCGCGUCGGAGGAUUUAUCGUCAAGCUGCGCGGGGAAUUAGAAAUUAAG